UACAGGUGUGUUUGGAGCGACUGGUGUUGUGUAUUGAUUGUAACGGUUAAAAGAACCGGCUCACUUCUUCACCUAUACCUCGAGGGCCACCGAACGAACACCGAUUUCAUUAAGAAUUUUGAUGAUUUCUUCACCGAAUUCCUUCUCUUUAAAUCUUGACUGACUCCCAACAACUCCCAACGCGCACUCACACCAAAAGCGAGAAGUGGAAAAAGCGCAGCAACAUUUUUUGGAUUUACAUUUUAUAUACACAAUGCACCAAAGCCACUGAUUCUUCGUUAAGAAACAAACAAAAAAAACAACAAUAAUUAAAGUCAUGAGGCGCGGCGGUCCUUUUCUCAUCUUUUUCUUCGCCGUCCUUCUGGCGAUGGCAGCAACUGCGCCCUGCCCUUGGCCCAGGGACCUGGUGGACCUCCAAUCCGCGUGUCUCUGCUCCUACAACUCGGGUCAAGCGUUGAGCGUUCAAUGCGACAUGGUGGAAUGGCCCAAACUGCACGCGGCACUCCACAAGUACGCCAGAUCCACGCAAAUCGACCUCCUCUACGUGAACAACUCGACGGUGGGAAGCCUCAAGGAGGCGACCUUCCACAGUUUGGAGCUGCACAACAUCCAACUCUCCGGCUGCCGCAUCAAAACCAUCAGCGAGGAAGCGUUCAAAGGACAGGAAAAGACGCUCAAGAACUUGAACCUGCAAGACAACGAUCUGACCGAAGUGCCCGUAAAAACGCUCAAAGAGAUGACGAAUUUAUCGCUUCUGGACCUUUCGCGGAACAGGAUUACCGAAGUCCCGGACGGCGCUUUCGAAACCUUAACAAAACUAGCCACACUGAAACUGUCAGACAACGAAGUCACUUUAGCGCCUGCGGCGCUGCGCGGCUUGGAAGCUUCAUUGAAAAACUUGAAUUUAAAAGGGACACGGCAAAACGCCAUUCCUCAAGCGAUUCGCGGCAUGAAGACUUUAGCCUUCUUGGAUCUAUCGCACAACAGUUUGAAGGAGUUGCCGGGAGAUGGCGGAAUUAAAACGUUCGAGGGUUUGGAAGCUUUGACAGCGCUCAACUUGGAGCGCAAUCGGAUCGGAAGUUUAGGAGCGACCGCGUUCUUCGGCAUUCGCAACUCUUUGACUUCGCUGAGUCUUUUGAACAACGUGCUUCCCGAUUUUCCCAUGGAGGCUAUGCAAUCUUUAUCCGAACUCAGGGUGCUCGACAUCGGCUUCAACUUGAUCACUGAACUACCUUUGAGUUCGCUGAGCGGAAACCCUUCCAUCACUCUGUUGGCUUUGGACGGAAAUCCUUUGGCCACCAUCCCGUACGGCGCUCUAUCACAUCUGAACAACACGCUCAGAGGUUUGAGUUUGGGUGGAAGGUUCCUGCACUGCGAUUGUCACAUGGCCUGGGUCAUAGAUUGGAUCAAGAACGGGGAUCUGCAGGUGACGAGCAGAGAGAGGAAUCCGCAGUUUUGCGCCAGCCCACCGAAAUUCAGGGAGAGAGGUUUCUACAGCAUCCAACCUGAAGAGUUGACUUGCAGCAACGAUGGUGUAGGGAUUGCUACGGUUGUGAGCGCAGAUUUGGACGACGUCUCCGUGGCCGAGAGUGUGCCAUCGCCUAAGAGCACCACGACUACAACGACGACGACUACAACGACCACUACUACUACUAAACCAACGACGACCACCAAAGCUACAACGACCAGCACCACGCAACUAUCCACGACCAAAUUAACGACCACAAGCAAAGCUCCCAACAAAACCAUCCCCAGGAUAACAUCAUCACCAAGGAAAACGCAAAAGCCUUCUUUGGUAAUGGGAUUCCCGUCUCGCAGCAAACUGGACGACAGCAACGACGUGAUCGUUAAGAACGCCUACAGACAAGACAAUUCCGUGAUAAUCCAAUGGGGCUCGGACACCGUCAACAUCCUGGGUUUCCGGGUGGUCUACCGCCUCUUCGGCGACAAAACUUUCAAGCAGGGACCUCCGCUGGAGGCGAGCGAGCGCGAAUUCAAGAUAAAAAACGUCCCGUCACAGGAAUGCAUGGUGGUAUGCGUUGUCACCCUGGAGGACAUCAACGUGACCCCGGAGACUGUCCCUUACGGACAAUGCCGUGAGGUCAGAACUGUGCAGACGGCCUCUUCGAACAUGGACAAGAUCACGAUCGCAGCGAGCGCGGCGAUCUGCGGCACCAUCGUCGUCGCCGUCAUCGUGUUCGUCGCCGCAUCCAGGAGGAGAUCGAGGAAGCUGCACGAACUGCACCAGCAGAAACUCGGUAUGAAAACGGGAAUUCCGAUCGCCGGUCUUCCGGUGAACUGUUGCGCCGCCGCCAGUCCGGGCGGACCACUCUCGUCCUUGGCCACCCUCAACGCCUUCAACGCCAAUAAGGAUUGGGAUCAGGUGUCUGCGUACAGCACGCACAGCACGCAGAGGCCGAGGAUGUACGCCGUCGAGCAGCCGGGAUCGCUCAUCCAGGACGACAUGAGGUCGCAUUUCAGCUCGAAAGGUAAUAAGGCCAGGUCCAUUGCGGACGGUCAAUCGCAGCACAGCUUCUCCAAUCAAUCCGGACGCUAUUUGGCCGCAAACGCAUUCCCCAGCAACCUGCUAGCUUCCAGACAAGAUUUGCGUCAGUCCCGUCAGUCGUUGGCCAUGCAGUCGGACCGCUUGUCGCGGGUCGGCGGCCCCCAGCACCACCUCGUCCCGCACCACCACGCACCGCCGCCCACGCACUCAGUAACGUCGUCGACCCGUCGUUCCAGGCCGAGGUCCAGGUCCAGGGACCACCGUGAUCACCACAACCGCCCGAGCAGCAGGUACAGCACGGCCGGUUCGACGCACACCCUGAACAACUACUGCGACAACUCGGACAACUGGACCGAUCACGACAUGGACAUCUACAUGGCUCGAAACCCGACGACGAGGAACGGUCUCGUUCCGUUAUGAGAAUUACAGAAAUGUAAAAAAUGCAAUUGGUAAUCAAACACAACACAAAUGAACAUGAACGACGAACGCAAAUCCGAAGGAAAACAACAACAUUUUCGAUCACAUCAAAUUUAGCGAUUUGUAAAUACUUCUAUUAUAUCAAAGAAUAUUUUUAGUAUCUUAGUUUAUAGACUACUAUCUAGAAUACAUAUAACAUCUAAAGAACACCAAUCAAUAACAUAACGACGUUUACAAUUCAAAGUUAUGUUACUGCAAAAAUAUUCUUGAUGUUACAUGAAUCCAAGGUACAAUUUAAUACGACAAAAAAUUGUCUGAUUAAAUCUGCAAUAUAAAAUCAAAUGGCUUAAUUCCACUACUUCAGCUGGAAUCAUUCCAUUCACUUACUACGCAUUAGUAAUUUAUUAUUAUUAUUAUUAUAAUUAUAUCUUCCGUUUUUGUUUCCGCUCCGGCUAUCCCGUUAUUACGCUCAAAAACACACACUUGAACGAAAUCAAAACGCGAAUCAUUGAAGAUAUUUCGGAUACAGUGGACACGGGUUUCUAUUACUAUUAUUACUAUUUUUAAUAUAAUACAGCGAGAAUGAUUUCUUAUAUUUUGUAUGGGUGAACGUGCAAUCGAUCUGCUGCGUUUCUCAACCUUUUCCCCAACCAAAGAAAACGUUGAGAAAACAAACUUCGUGCAAUUAUAGGUUUGGAUUGCGAACUGACACAGGAAAAUGCAUAAAUCGUCCUUUUUUUCCCCAAUUAGUGUAAGGAUAAUUAAACGAAUAUCCGGGUUGACAGAUCCUUCUUUAUAAUUAUUUUUAAUUCUUGCAUCUUGCAAAGUCGCACCCGAGUCUGAACUUUUUUUUUAUAUAUAUAUCAUUCACUUUGUGUUCUAAUCUAUUAAUUAUUAUUAUUAUUAUUUUAGUGUUACGUUACGCAAGGAUUUCUACAUGACACAAAUUUGCAUACGUACACAUUUGUAUGGGAUUUCCUUACUCGUAUUUGUACAUACGUUAGUGAUUUUGUAUAAACUAAUAUAUAU